UGUCCAAAAAUGUUCAUCAACUUCAAAACUUUCUUAAGAAUCUAAACCUUUUUUAGAACAAUUUUGUGUCUAUAAUUCUAAGAAUUCAGAAGACCUUUUUUUAUGAAUAGAAGACAUGAGCAUUGUAUACCACUCCAUCAUCGCUUUGUGUGUUUACGUCUGCGCAGUUUCAAACGAUACCACUUCCCUCCAAAUAAACCCAGCUCGUUUUUUUGUUGGGUCAUUUUGUGACUUUCGUCUUCUGCACGUGUUGAGCCUGUUCAACUUUUAAAGUGUUUUUUUUUUAUCUAUAGUGUUUUAGUGUUACUGUAUUAAAAACAUUCGAUAACGGUUUGUGUUGAAAUAAAAAUGAAAUGCUGUGAAGAUGUUUUUAAAAAAUAAAAAUUUCUGUACGGAAUUUUCAUAAAAAAUUUUUAAAAUUGUCAAAUUUUAAAACAAAACGGGUUUUAAUUAUCGCACAAAAUGAACCGAGAAUGGGCGUUCGGUACUUUUGUAUGGGCCAAAAUGAAUAAAAAGUUUUGGCCGGGAAUAGUAGUCAAUCCUAAAGAUAUAAGUUUCGAAGACAUAAAAGAUAAUUCUUCAUUAAUUUUUUGGUUUGGAGAACAUUCAGUGUCGCCAAUUACGAAUUCUAAUAUAAUCGAUUUUUGUGAAAAUUUCAAUGAUAAAUGUAAAACUUAUGGUGCCUCUAAAUCUUGGAUAUCCGCUGUUGUGGAAGCUUUAAAAAUCAUUGGUGAAUCAAACGAUGUUUAUGUAAAUGAGAAGGAAUUAAUUUCUUGGGCUAAACUAAAUAUAAAAUCUGUUAGAAGAAACAAUUCGGAUAUCCCUCAUUUUGUAAAAGAAAAAUUAUUAUCUCUUUUCUUCGAUAAAGAAGAUCAAGGAAAUGCAAAUUAUACGAAAAAACGUAAAAGUUUAGGCGUAAAACAAAUUAUUGAGCGCUAUAGAUCGAAUGAAACUGAUUCUUUAGAAAUUUGUAUGGGAUGUUAUUCCAAAGAAAUUACAAACAACCAUCCAAUUUUUCAUGGAAAAAUUUGUAAUACUUGUACAAUACAUAUAAAAGAACGAUACUAUAUUAUUGGAACCGACCAAAUAAAGUAUUGCUGCGUAAUCUGCAGUUGUCUUGGAAAAGUUGCUGUGUGCGAUCGCCCUGGAUGUCGAUUUGUGUACUGUUUCACCUGCAUUGAUGAAUUCGCUUCAUACGGAGCCCGCGAAGAAAUUUUACGCAAUCAAAAUUGGCAUUGUUUCAUUUGCGACAACACCUCAAAGCUUAGAGGGACGCUUUUACUACGGGAAAAUUGGAAACAAAACAUAACAAAUUUAUUUGGUCUCGAAAAAUGUCCACCUGCUCCACCUACAAAAAGGCGAAUAAGGGUGUUAUCGUUGUUUGACGGAAUCGGAAGCGGAUUAACAUCUCUUAUCAAUUUGAAAAUAUCAAUAGAAGAAUAUUAUACAAGCGAAAUAGAUGUAGAUAGUAUUGACGUCGUUGAGAAAAAUUACCCAUCUGGAACAACACUUUUAGGCGACAUUCUAUCUCUAAAUCAAAAUCAACUAAAAUCUAUAUUACCCAUAGAUUUAUUAAUGGGUGGAUCACCAUGUAACGAUUUAAGUCGUGCAAACCCAAAUAGACGCGGGUUAUGGGAUUCCGACGGAACUGGAAUAUUAUUUUUCGAAUUCUUUAGAAUUUUAUCCUUCAUAAAAUUACACAACGAAGGAAGACAUCUGUUUUGGCUGUUUGAAAAUGUUACUUCGAUGAGUCCAGAAUCGAAACAAAUUAUUACGAGAUUUUUGGAAUGCGAACCCAUGAUAAUCGAUGCGGGUUGGGUUACCCCAAUGCGAAGACCAAGACUUUUUUGGGGAAAUUUGCCGAGUAUUGCUCACCAAGAGAUUAUAGAUGAUGGACCACUUUUGCAGUCCGUUUUAUUACCUGGAAGAACAGCGAAUGUUGAUAAAUUGCAAACUGUUACAACAAAGUCGAAUUCUCUAUUACAAGGUCCCAAAUGUAAAUUACCAGUUAUAGACAAAAAUGGACAAGAAGAUUAUUUACACAUAACUGAAUUAGAAGCGGUUUUUGGUUUCCCAAGAAAUUAUACAGAUAUAAACAACUUUUCGUUUAGCAAACGACUAAAGUUAAUAGGAAAAGCAUGGAGUGUCCCUGUUAUAAUGAUGUUGUUAAGUUGUUUAAAAGAUUAUUAUGCAGCUUGUGAUCAUUAAUGUUGUUUGAUAACUAACAUAGAUUUAGUUAUUUUUUAUUAUUAUAAUUUUAGUCUUAAUGAGUUGUUAAAAUUUUAGAUUGUUUUAACAGGUUUUUUAAAAAUUUUUAA